AUGCAGAAGCAGAAUGCCCACGAGUAUGCCCAGGCAUUCAAGGCCAGUGGCCAGCCACCCUGGUUUCAUGGCCUAUUCCUUCAUUGGAGGAAGCUCUUCGAGGAGCCUUAUAAAGGCAUCAUCAACGACUGUAAUUAUCACCCUGCUCUUCGGUCAAGCCGUUUCGAAGCUCACACAGCAGAGGCAAGUUCCGCGAUGGCUAUCCGAGAGCCAAAGAAGGCGACUUGCUAUCACAUUGACUCCCCGGAAUGGCGAUCAUGGCCAAAUCCAGAGUUCUUUCUCAGCGAUAAAGGCAUUCGCCUUGAUGAAAUCACCGCUGAGCUUGAAGAGGACGUGUUCGGAGUGCUCAAGGCAGACCUCUCAGCUGAAGGCUACGAAAAGGCAAUUGGAGCGAUGAUAAUCAACCAACUUCUCGGAGAACUCGUGGAGUCGUCGGCUAUCAUGAACGAGUCUUCAUACAAUUUUGUUCUGUUUGGUGAACCAUCGACAGCCCGUCCGACCCUGCAGGGGGGCCCGAAUCUUGAACAAGAGCUGCUUGGUUUGAGGCUGAUGCAGGACCUGCCAAAGGACCAGCAGGCCAGAGCGCAGGUGUAUAAGCUUCUCAAUGACCCUGCCAUGCCCCAUGGCCAAUGGAACCACGAUGACCAGCGACAUCUAUGCGGUGCUUGCCGCGAUAAUCGGAUGGUUCCCUACGAGGGCAUCUUGGUGUCUGAGAUGACCGGUGCACAACAAGACGAGGUUUGGGGAUUGCAAACGAGUUCCUCCUUUAUCUACCAGAGAGAGCCCGCCAACUCCGGCUAG